AUGGACGCGCUGACUCUCUGGAAGGACAUUAAAGCGACUUUUUGGAGCGAAAAGUUCUGGUUUCCAAAAAAUCUAACAUGGGAAUCGCUAGAAAACAAAGACGAUGGGAUUUAUCACCCGCAGUUGAACGAUUUGUAUCUAGUUUUACCUAUAGCUGUCUUUCUGUCGCUAUUUCGGAUAUUCUUAGAAAGAUAUGUCUUCUGUCCACUUGGUAAGAAUCUUGGGCUGAAAGAAGAGAAAUAUACGCGUGCUAUCUACUACAAAGCUUUGGAAAAUGCCUAUAGGUUAAAUAAACGACCAUGCAAUGGACUUGUCCAGGGCCUUGCCAAACAGACUGACUUGAGUAUUCGCCAAGUGGAACGUUGGUUUAGAAUCAGACGAAAUCAAGACAAAGCUAGUGUCCUUAAAAAGUUUGCAGAGUCUGGUUGGCGCUGUACAUUCUAUUCAACCAUAUUCACGUAUGGAAUAGUAAUGCUAUUUGAUGAUUUCUGGGAACUGUUUAUUCAUCAUAUAAUAACUAUAUUGCUGUUAACAUUCUCCUGGAUCCAGAACAUGAUUCGUAUUGGAACACUGGUGCUUGUAAUUCAUGAUACAAUUGACCCUAUUGUAGAAACUGAAGACUUGCGCAGUGAAACUGAAGAAGAAGUGAGUGAUGAAAAGAGUUUGCCAUCUCUCAUUUCAGUCUUCAACAUAAGAAGCAAUGCCUUUUCCUUAUCUUUGCUUCUCCACAUUCGUGGUACAUUUUUGAUAUUUUGA